AUGGCAGGCGAUGAGGCGCUGCUGCACAUUUUCGUCGGUACCCUCUCGGCCGACAAAACGACGCGGGAGCAGGCGGAGGCGACCCUCACGCAUAUCUCCGCCGACCCACGGCUGAUCACGCGGCUCAUUCAUUUCUCCUGUCAAGAACUUCCGUUUCAUGAUGUCCCUGCGGAAAUGCAGCAGGCGUUGCAGGCCGCAUCCAUACGUGUGCGCAACGUGUUGGGCCGCAGUGACUGGAACCGAAAUCCGUAUUUUACUGAGGAGACGAAGAGUGCCGUGCGGGAAUGCAUAGUUCCACUUCAGUGCGGAUCACAUGUGCCGGAGUUGGUGCGCCGACAGCUGCUCGCCGCCACGCAAAACCUCAUACGCUACGACUACCCGCAUCGUUGGCCGUCGCUGAUGCCGCAGCUGAGGCAAAUACUUGACGAGUGUGCUGCACACCUGUGCGUUUUAUCAGACGCAUCAUCGUCGCGGGAGGUUGCCACGCUGCGGCUGAAAGGGGCUCUUGGCAUCCUGCGGGCAUGCUGCAAAGUCUACAAUAAUCCAAUUAAAAUUGACGCGGAUGAUAUUGAGGCGUUCAUUGAUGCUUUUUGUCCAUUGCUGCUGUCACUCACAGAGAUGCUGGUAUCCGUGUGGGCACAGGAGUUAUUGGCGCAACAAACGCCGCCACCGCCACCGCCGCGAUUGAAUGGCAUCCCAGACCCUUCUUUCCAGUUUAGCACGAAAAGGAAAGAGAAAUGCAUGUUUGUUUUAUCUUCGUGGCACAACGAAUUGUCUCACUGCCUGCGCAUUGCACUCAAGUGCAUUCAUUCACUCACCGAGGCGCGUUGGCCACGUUUUCUCUGCGACCAACCAGGUAUGGAUCGACUCUGCAAUGGUUGCCUUGGCCAACUGCUGGACGCGAGCCACAAAACACUGCUGCCACUUUAUCGUCUACGCAUCCUCAGCAGUGACUGUGACGACUCGAACCUUUUUACCUUGUUUCAUGAGUCCGCUGUGUGGAAGCUGUUGAAAUGGACGCAAGGCAUGUGUCUCAAGAUGAUGCAAGAUCUGAUGUUUCCAAAGAGAUGCGAGCGGCGUGCACGCGCGGCGGCGAAGUACUUCUGCGAUCAUUACCUGCUGGGGUUUGUGCAACACGCACUUGAACUUGUACGAUGGCAUGCGACGCCUCGCCAUUUGACGUCCAAGGCUUACAUCAUGUCGCUGGAAAUUCUCACAAUGGCAGUGGAAGGACGGGAGGCGUACCGCAGCGUCAUUGCACCAAAUGCGGAAGAGAUUUUUACUUUACUCAUCUUUCCGCGUCUUACCUUUUCGGCUGAGGAUGCUGAGUUGUGGACAUCCAACCCUGCCGAGUAUGUGCGGCUACAAACAAGUCCCGCUGGGGACCUGUACAGCGCGAAGGUGGUCUCCUCAGGUCUCAUGCUUACUUUGGCGGCAUCAUCCAAACCAUUUCACGACGCGGAUUUUGUGCACCACGUUGUGCAGUAUGUCCUGGAGCGGCUCACAACACACGCCAAAGCAGCGGCGCAAGGGGAUGUGGAGGCGGCACGAGUUGUGGAUGCCUGCCUCUUUGCCAUUUAUCAAUUUAACAAAGUUCUUUGCACCAUUGGCUUUGGGGAUGAUCGGGUGGAGUGGCUCUUGACAAAUUAUGUGGCACCUGCAGCGAAGUAUCCUGUUGGAUUUCUACGGGCCCGCAGCAUGCUGGUGUUAAGUGUUUUUGCGUCCAAAAUUCACUGGAGCAGUCCACAGGCGUUUCAGUUUGUUCUCUCAGAGAUCCUCCCACUUCUGCAGGAUCCCGAGAUGCCGGUGCGAAUGCAGGCAUGUGCCUCCAUCGCCUCCCUUAUCUGCCAUCCGCAUGCAAGGGACGUCAUUGCACCCUGCAUCAGUGACGUCAUUCAGCACUAUUUUUACGCCAUGCGCCUCAUGGACAGUGAGGGGGUGGUCCGCACCCUGCGCAGGACGAUCAAACACUACCGUGAUGUUCUCUCACAGUGGGCACUACAUCUCACCGAAAUGUUGGUGCAACACUUUCUCCAUGUCCUGGAGCGGGUACUCGCCGAGGAAGUUAAAGAUUCUGAAUUCACGCCAUUUACAGAAAACACCGGUGGUGACGCACGGUUGGAUCCACUGGUUUCCGAUGAAGAUGCUGUCGCGGACACUAUCAUGACCGCUGAUGAGGUCUUGGAGACACUCACAACACUUGUGCGUGCUGUUUCUCAGCAGGAGGUGAACUCUUCUUCCAAGGCAUCAGGGGAGGGUGCCUCAUUCUGCAGAUGCAGGAACGCAUGCCCCGUGC